UCAGGAUUAACCAUGCAGAACCAAGAAGAUGGUGUUGAAGGAUCACCAUGGAACAACUCAAGCGGCUGCGAAGAGGAGCGCAAGCCGCGGGAGGGAAAAAAGUCAAAUGUCCUCGCGCUUUGGGGCAACGAGCGCACCAUGAACCUGAACCCCUUGAUCCUGACGAACAUUUUAUCGUCGCAUUACUUCAAAGUUAAUUUGUAUGAGCUGAAAACUUACCACGAGGUUAUUGAUGAGAUUUACUACAAAGUUGCCCACUUGGAGCCCUGGGAGAAGGGCAGCAGGAAAACCGCGGGACAAACUGGGAUGUGUGGAGGCGUGAGUAUGUUUUUGUCACUGCGGUUCAUGCAGGUACGCGGCGUUGGAGCUGGAGGGAUAGUAUCAACGGCCUAUUGUCUACUUUAUAAAUUAUUUACCUUGAGAUUGACGAGGAAGCAAUUAAAUGGACUAAUCAAUCAUCCAGAUUCGCCUUAUAUUCGAGCUUUAGGAUUUAUGUAUAUAAGAUACACACAACCACCAGCAGACUUAUUUAGCUGGUAUGACGAGUACCUGGACGACGAGGAAGAGUUUGAUGUUAAAGCCGGUGGCGGGCAAAUGAUGAAGAUGGGCGAAAUUUUAAAGCAAUUUUUGACCAAACUCGAGUGGUUCUCGACGUUGUUCCCCAGGAUACCAGUGCCGAUACAGAAGGAGCUUGAGCAGCGUCUAAGCGAGAGGUUUCCUCAGCAGACAAUAAACGCUCGCAAUGCCAAGCCACCUAUUACGCUGAAUAAUCAUGGAAAGUAUAGCUCCAGUCGCAAGGAUAAUGGUAAUUCAACGGCCAGGAGCCAGCCUAGACACAUUUCUGACAGCGAUGCUCACUGGGGUGAAGCCGAAUCACGUACGAGUCAAUGGCGAGCCAGGUCUGAUGAAGAACGCAGAGACAGCAGAGACAAACAUCGUGAUCGUGAUCGAGAACGCAAACGAUCACGCGAGCGUGAUCGUUCAAAAGAUCGCGACCGUGGAAGCAGCAGAGUUGAGGAAACUAGAAAACGUGAUCGACAUUCACGGAGAACGAGUCGUGAACGCAGUCGAGAAAAAAAUAGGAGACAUCGUAGUCGGAAAAAAUAA